AUAAACCCUUUUUCCUUUUUCCCCCGAGUGGCUUUGACAGCGUCUCCUUUUCACUGCAAGUCUUCUUCUUCUUCUUCCUCCUCCUCCUCCUCCUCCUCUCAGUAGGUCGUGAACCAGAAGAAACGCAAAGAUGUCUGAGAAGAAGAUGAAUUCCAGCCGCAGGCAUCACCUGAAGAGUCUGAUCCUGCAGAUCGCUCAGAAGUGGCUGGAUCAGGAGAAGGCCGAAGACGUGGCGGCCAAAGAGGCCUACAUGGCCGAAAAUUGCCCCCCUCCCCCGAUGAGUGGAGACCACAACACCCUGAUGGAAUACUGCAAGAAGCUUCACGCCAUCAUCGAUAAGAUCGACGAGGAGCGAUACGACAUCGCGUCCAAGGUGCAGAAAGCAGACAAAGAGAUCGAGGACCUGAACAUCAAGGUGGUGGACCUGAGGGGGGUGAAGAAGCCGGCUCUGAAGAAGGUGCGCAUGUCAGCUGACACCAUGCUGAAGGCCCUGCUGGGCUCCAAGCACACGGUCAACAUGGACCUGAGGGCCAACCUGAAGCAGGUCAAGAAGGAGGUCAAGGAGGAGCCGACAGAAGCCGCCGGCGACUGGAGGAAGAACAUCGAGGACAAGGCCGACAGGAAGAAGAUGUUCGAGACCUCCUAGGAACCGCCUACUUCCUGUUUACCUUUACGUAGGAGUCGCUCCGCCGUGGAGGACUCCACUUUGUUUCACUCUUUGUUUGUCUGGGGGGGGGGGGAAUCACACGACAACAACAACAACAACAACAACAACAACAACAACAACAGCAGCAGCAGCAGCAGCAGGAGUCUCAGUCACAUGUUCAGGGAAACAUUCACACGCAUGAAGCGUGUCGAAGAAUCAAUAAAGUCACAUGUUGAAGGAGAGACGCGUCGCUGUCGUUUAUUCUGAGAAACGAUGAAUUCUCUUAACAUGAAUUACUGGAUUUAUUAAAUGUGACUAUUGAUUGUUGUCAUUAAAUCAACGUGUUUUGUCA